GUUCCAGAUUACCUGUAUAUAACAUUCCAUGCGAAGGACAAAUGUAAUUUUGUAUCCAAAUAUCCAGUUCUAACAGACUACAUCUAUCUUCAUUGAAAACCCCGGUUCAUGUCCGAGUCAACCUACAAAACCGUCGCCGUCGCCGGAGCAGGGCCAAACCUGGGCCUCCCCAUCGUACGCGCCCUCCUCGCUCACAAUCUCUCAGUCAUAGUCCUCGUUCGACCUUCGUCUACCAGGGAGCUCCCCGCUGGAACCCGUGUCGUUGCAGUCGACUAUUCAGACGUGUUGGCAGCCACCUCGGUCCUGCGAGAGCAUCACGUUGAUGUGGUUGUCUCUGCUGUCUCCUCUGAGGGUUUACUAUCCCAGAUGCCUCUAGCUCAAGCUGCCAAAGCGGCAGGUGUGAAGCUCUUCGUGCCUCCAGAGUUCGGAAUGCCAACCGAGGGAGGUACGGAGGGCUUCGCAUUGGCAAAAUCACAGUUUGUUGAUUACCUGAAAUCUAUCGGAUUACCGUUUGCUAGAGUAUAUUGUGGCCUUUUUUACGAAUAUAUCCCAUGGCUAACAGGUGUCCCUGAUACUGGUAAAUUCUUGAUCGUCGGUAGUGGCAAAGUACCUGCAUCGUUCACAGCCAUCGAGGACGUCGCAGGUUUUCUUGCACACAUCCUGACCACCCUGCCACCAUCCAAGCUCCAUGAUACCUCAUUCCGAAUCGAAGGGCAGCGAGGUAGCUUAGCCCAUAUUGCCAAGUUCUACGAGGGCAUUGCACCUGUCGAAUACGUCAAUACGAUGCCCGAUGGAGCCCCUGGAGCACAAGCGAGAGGCUACUUUCCGUCUGGCGCAACAGAGGUGAGGGACUACUUCCAGCAAAAGGUCGAAAAGGGUGCUGUUAGUGUUGGCUAUGACCCCGCGUUAGGUCGGGAAGGCGAGGUGCCUGUAGGACAUUCGAAUGCGCUUUGGGAAGGCCAUCAGUGGAAAACCGUGAAAGAAGUAUUGGAUCUUUAGAGAUGCGAAUUGUAAUAUUGAAUGGCAAGGGUAAUCGUUGUAAGUAUGCCAUAUCGAAUCCCGUGUUGUAUUGUCUAUAUAAUGUCACUAAGAUCAGUCACCUAUGUGAAACCAAAAGAGU